AUGUACACGUUGUGCACGUAUUGCCCCCGCGCAGUGUCUCGCCAGGGCACCCAUUCCGAGCAAGUCGUGUUGCGUCGCCGGCGACCGCUGCUGGCCAGCAAUCCAGCAUCCGUUCCGCUGGGUCGCGCAGGCAGGCCCGGCUUGCCCAGUGGCAGCUGCGCAGCCCGUCCGCUCCCCUCCCCCCUCAACCCCUCCCGACCCUUUACCCCUCGUCCUCCUCGUCCCUGUCCCUCAUCCUCGUCCCUGUCCCCCCUCGUCCUCGUCCCUGCCCCCCUCGUCCUCGUCCCUGUCCCCCCUCGUCCUCGUCCCUGUCCCCCCUCGUCCUCGUCCCUGCCCCCUCCCCGUCCCUCUCCUCCCACCUCGCCCCGUCGUCCCCCCCAUGCUCGCCGGCCGCGCGGAAGGGGAAGCGAUGCCAGCGCUCGCCAGUCACCUGCCCUCGGUGGUCGUGCUCGUGCUCCCGCACCGGCCAUGUCGUCCCCAUGGGCCUUGCCUCGGAUGGCGGCGACCGCUGCCCGCCCAAACGUCGCAUUACCGGCUCCGUGGAUGGGCACGUGUGCGGAGAACAGCAGCACGGUUGAUGCUCGCUCCGCAUCGGCCACCCGCCACCCACCACCUGCAAGCUGCAACCCGCAACCUGCGGCCCUGCCCUGCGCUGCAGCCGGUGCGGUGAGCCCGGCGACCAACCUGGCCUGCCCACGCGCCCCAUGCAAAGGCAAACGAGUCCCGCCUCCCGCCUUGGCCCGUGACCGACGGACGACGGCCUACGACGCGAGCAUGAGCAGGCGUCGCAUAUCGCAUGAGCAGGCAUCGCCGCCAUCUCCGAGUCCAAGUACAGUACGCGUCACCACCGUACCGUGUACCGCACUGUGCACAAGGGAACGAGAGCGAGCGCACGAAACGAUGCGACGCCUGUGUGCUGUGCGGGCACCCCGUAAUGCUUGCCCAUGCUUGUACUGUACUUGCGGCAACGACGGGCCAUAUGCCGCCGAGUGCUUGCAGGUCUUCGCUCGCACCGUGCUCGUCGCCGACCAACCCCUCGCCUCCCGUGGCACGCCUCGCCCGAGUCCUGCCUCGUUUCCGGCUUCGCCCUGCACCGCCAGCGCCAAGGCCGGCGUUGCGCCUCGGGCCGCCUCGGACAGCCUCGGUCGGCGUCGACCGCCGUCGGAGAGACCAACCCGCCAGGCAAAGGUGUGUUCCUCGUCGCCCUCGCCCUCGCCGCCCAGCGUCCGCACCAUCGUCGGUCGGCCGACCGUCGCCCUCGUCAAGAACGGUGCUGCCGUGGCCGCUGCCGGCGUGCUGCGACGACGUGCUGCGGCAGCCUUUGCGUGCGGUUCCCGAGUCGCCACUUGCGUCCUCGUCGUUUGUCGCCCCGGCCGGCCCAACCCCUUUCGUGCGGUCCAGCGUCGGCGCCAUCGCAUCGCAUCGCGUCGCAUCGCCGUGAACGGACGGGGCCGCCGGCGGGAGGAGAAGCGCUUGAUCCCGUCCAACCCAUGUCCAUUCGCCGGGGCCGCAUUCCGCGCAUCGUGGCCGAGCAAGCCUCCUCCUCCUUUCCUUGCUCGGAGAAUGGGCCUCGUGUCUCGGCCACCUCUCUCGCGUUGCGAGCUGGCGCGACCUGUCUCGGCCCGUCAUGCCAUGCCACCACCCGCCCUGUGUUGUUCCGCCUCGUCGUCGCUCCCGUCUGACUUGCUGCUUGCCUGCCCACCUGCCUGCCUGCCCGCCUGCCUGCCCGCCUGCCUGCCCGUCUGCCUGCCCGUCUGCCUGCCUACCUGCCUGACUGCCUGCCUGACUGCCUGCAUUGGUACCUAUCUGCGUCUGCGCUGGUUCCACGACCCGACCAAGGGCGAGGAGGACAAGCUGGCUGCAUUUGCCUUGGGCGGGAGAAACAGCUGGCUAGCCCGUCGCUCUCCGCUGCAGCUGCUCGCUUGGGGACCCGAUCAUCGCACCACCCGCUGGUUGCGGCGCUGGCGUGCGUGCUUUACAGUACCUGCGCGUGCACUCAAGUACGGAGAGUACCUCCCGCCUCGUACCAGCUGGCCAUCUGCUGCGUCGGCAUCUGCUCGUCCUACUUGGGCCUGCCGACUUGGAGCGGCACGUCGCCGGCCUAUCCGCCUGCCUCUAGCCUCUCUCUGCCUGGGCGGUGCGAGGCGUGGGCCCAUCGAUGCCACCUACGGGUACCCCCCCCCCCCUGGCUCGUACCGUACCCGUACCAUGGUGUCGCCUCCUGGUACGCCGGUAGCGUGCCGUGCGGGCCGGUGGGGUCGUCCAAUGCCUCGGCCGCAUCAGGGCACGCCUGGCGUCCCUCCCUCCCCUCACAGGUGCGGCAGCCGCUUCUGCUCCGGCUCCGGCUCCAGCUCGUCCAGGACCUGCUGCUGUCCCCCCCCCCCACCCCCUCCGCCCCCCUCCACCCACACGCUCCUCCACCCCUCCGGGCCAAUCCCUCGGGCGCUACCACAGGCCGCUGGACAGGUGUCCACCGCCGUCGGCAGCACCCAUCCUCCUGCCCGCCUUGUGGUGCAGGCUCGUGGAGCCACGUACAGGUGUGCAGUAAUUACUUGUUCGCCGGCUGCUGCUGCUGUUGACCUGCGGCUGCUCGACGGGUUCCUGCGCGUGCACAUCCCCGCGCUCUGCUCGUCGCGCGAACCGCUGCUGCAAAUGCAAACGAGGACGACAAUAGUUGCCUUUGCAACCGGUGCCGAGCCUGCUGCCGGUAGCGAGGCCGCUCGCUCACGUCUCUUCCACUCAUGGCGUCCGAGAAGCGUUGGCACUGGGUGGGUGCCUUUCGUUCUGCGACUCGGAUGCCGCACGUGUACUGUGCAUUGCUUGCUGGCAAGUCGGUGUGCUGCGGCUGUGCAUGCUGCCGUACCUGCUGGUACUGCUGGUACCUGUACGCCUGCCCACGCCCAGACACGCCUGCGGGCCAAGCCCGAGUGCAGCGGGCGUGCACCUACCCAGGCCGUGCCGAACAACAACGCGCCUGAACUCGCCGUCGACCCGUCGCCAGCGACUUACCUCCUCCUCCUCCUCCUCAUCCUCCCUCCCUCGGCCGCCGACGCCCCGCGCGCUGAACAGAGGAGGAGCCGUCAUUCAUCCCUCGACACGGACGCACACGGACGCAUAUCGGGGACACCCUACGCGGCGAGCCCUCGACUUGGACACGCCUCGCCUCGACUCGUCUUCGUUCCCCGCGGCAGAAACCGUCCCGCGCGCACCGCUGCCCCCCCGGGUCGCCGCGUUUUCUCUUCGCUUCCUCGAGCCGCACCGGAUGCGGCUUGGCUGCUCGUCCCUCUCGGUCCCCGUCGCAACGGUCACGCUCAUCGUCGUCGCCCUUCAUCCCUGAGGCCGCGACGAGCAACUGCCGUGCUGCACCACCGCCACCACCCCCCGAGCCCCCUGCGUCCCGAGGUCUCUCGCCCACCUCGAUCCCAGCAGGCGCCGAGCGGUAGCAUGGCCGACGACCGCCAUCGUCAGGACCGUCUCCCGUCAAGCCACCUCGAGGAGAAGCAUCACGCCCAGUCGUCCGCCCGCUUCCCGCCCGGACCGCCGCCCCCCUUCGCCGACGAGCAGGGCCGACGCUCCAUCGACGCUCCCCGCGCCAGCAUGGCCGCCGCCGUCACCCUGCCGGCCAUCCACGAGGCCCGCGGCGGCGCGAGCUAUCCGCCGCCGCCGCCUCCCCCUCCCGCCGGCCGCCCCUACGCCCACGACCCCCGGUACGAGUCGCCGAGCGCCGUCAACGGCUACCCUCCUCCCGCCGGCGCCGGCCAGCCGCCUCACGCCUACCUCCCGCCGUUGCAGGCCGGCGCCUCCGAUCCUCGAUCGCCCGGCUACCCACCCCCGGACCAGCGAGGGGGCUACUACGACGACCGACGACCGCCGCCCUCCCAGUACGCCGACGCUCACCAGGCCCAGCACCCGCCUCACCAGUACGCCGGCGAGGGCUACUACUACCGCGGCCCCCCGCAGGCCGGCAUGCCUCCCAACGGAUACCCUCGCCCGCCGCCCGCGCCCUACCAGGAGUACGCCCAGACGCCGACGCCAGGCCUGGGCCAGGCGGCGCCCCGGCAGCGCACCUCCAUCGCCUGCCGGUACUGCCGCAAGAGAAAGAUCCGCUGCAGCGGCUACCAGAACACGCCCGGUGGCAAGUGUCAGAACUGCGCCCGCAUGAACCAGGAGUGCAUCUUCCAGCCCGUCUCCUCGUCGAGCUCGACCGCCUUCAUCCCCGUGUCGGCCGUGCCCGGCGGCGUGCCGCCCGGAACCCAGCUCUUCGGCGCCUACGGCCAGCCCCUGGCGCCGAGCGCCGUCUCGGGUCCCCACGGCUACCCGCCGCCGCCGCCACCCCAUCACGGCGCCCACGGCCCCGGAGGCGUCCCCCCCCCCAACUACUACUCCCAGCCGCCGCCGCCGCCCCAUCACCACCAGGGCCCGCCGCAGCAGCCGACGCAGUCGCCGACCGAGUCCUUCUCCUCGUACGGCGACGAGGCGUCGCAGAUGGCCGGUCGUCGCCGUCGCCGGACCCCCGAGGAGCGGGACGAGAGUUACCGCCUGCCGCCGCCGAGGGCGAGCGUCGCCGAGGACGACGGCCGCCGGAGGUCGCCGGCCGAAUUCUCCAACAACAGCAGCCCCGGAGGUCUCGGCCACGCGCCCUAUCAGGGCGCCCGGCAGAGCCCGCGCGGCUCCGCGGCGCUGCCGCAGUCGGCGAACCCCGGCCCGCGCUCCCCCGGCGCCCAGAACGGCUCCAGCGGCGCCUCGACGCCCGCCCGUCAGCCGGCCGCUCCCGCGAGCCAGCCGGCCAACUCGUCGUCCGUCAUGAGCCUCAGCAACCUCGUGGAGAAGAACGACAUCGACAGGGGCAUGAUCGACCGCCUGAACCGUCCCCGCGACUCGAAAAGCGCCAACAGCUCGCGCUGA